GGACUCACGCUUGCGCAGUACAGCGGGCUGUAGGACGCAUGUGCAAACCCAGGAGGACACUUUCAGGAUGAACCCAUUAACCAAAGUGAAGCUGAUCAAUGAGCUGAAUCAGCGUGAAGCAGAGCUGGGAGUGCAGGAUAAAGUUUCCUGGCAUGCAGAGUAUAGUGGCAGCGCCUGGGUAUUUGUGGGGGGAUUGCCAUAUGAACUGACGGAGGGGGACAUUAUCUGUGUAUUUUCACAGUAUGGAGAAAUUGUGAACAUAAACCUGGUGCGCGAUAAAAAGACGGGGAAAUCCAAAGGUUUCUGCUUCAUUUGCUACGAAGAUCAGCGAAGCACUAUUCUUGCAGUUGAUAACUUUAAUGGGAUAAAGAUAAAAGGAAGGACAAUUCGUGUGGACCACGUAGCCAACUACCGCCCACCAAAAGAUUCUGAGGACAUUGAUGAGAUUACAAAGGGUCUCCGAGAGAAAGGCUGUGGUAUUAAAACUCCUCCUCAAAGUUCAGCUGAAUCCUCAGAAGAAGAUGAAGUGGAAGUAAAAAGGCACAAGAAAGAAAAAAAGAAGAAGACGAAGAAGAAGAAGAAAGAAAAGCGAGAGCAUCGGAAGCAUCUCAAAGAGGAACCUGGUACAGAUGUGCUUUUCCCCAAAUCCAAGAUUAAAGUGGAAAUGGAGGACUCGGAGUAUGAACGCUAUGCUGGCGAAAACCAGGAAACUUGGGGUAGCACAUCUGGGCGCCAACACCAGAGUAGGACGCCACCAGGACAAGAGCUCAGAUAUGAGAGUGGGGUAGAGCGAUCUGGGGAAAGAGGCUCAGAAAGGGACAGACAUGAGCGCAGGAUGCCCCUCAGUGAGGAGAAGCACAAGAAAACGGAGGCCAUCAAAGAUAGACAGCACGCAUCAGAAAGCAGAUCACGGGAUCGCUCAAAGAACAGAGAGAAGCCUUCCCGGGAGAAAUCCACAAAUCGUUACUAACUCAACUGCUGUGUUCUCUCCUUGCACGCAAGAAAGGGCAGCCGUAAGCCUGUGCUGUCAGAACAUCAGCUUGGUGAAACAGGCAGGGUUGG